GCGUGCAGCGAAAUAAAAGAAGAAGAAGAAAGUACUUCUCUCUUCACUCAGCUGCGACUUCUCAACGUGUCUGCUUUUGACAUCAAGGUCCUACACCAUGUCUAUUGUCAAGAUCCACGCCAGAGAGAUCUUUGAUUCUCGUGGAAACCCCACGGUAGAGGUGGACCUUUACACUGACAAAGGCUUGUUUAGAGCAGCUGUACCAAGCGGUGCCUCGACUGGAAUCUACGAAGCUUUGGAGCUCAGGGACAAUGACAAGUCCCGCUACCUUGGGAAAGAUGUGCAAGGGUUAGUGAGUCAUGAUUGCCUGUUCCCUCUCAAUUUAAAUUUUUUUUCCAAUUGACCUUUGACCAGUGGU